AUGGAGGCGUCUGCUGCACAAGAUGACGCAAGACGCGCCGCAAAAGCAGCCGCAGCCGCAGCAAAGGAAGCUGCCACUGAUAACCAACUGAACGACAAACCGAGAAGAAGAGGCAGACGAUCAUCACAGUCGCUGAAAGUACCAGUCACCCCCUUCAAAUCAACAUUGUGUCUCCGCAUCAAUGACCCUACGGUUCCUGACAAAUUCGCCCAGGUCUAUGGUGCUAUUCCAGUUGAUGAUAUGGGCUUAAACAAGCAAGGGCGCCAAACCACAUACGCAAAGAAGUACAUCAAUAGUGGUUGCUUGCACAAGCUGCAAUGUGCUGGGUACACCAAGGGCAAGUUCAGCCUAGAACCUGACGCGAAGCUUGCGGCUAUUUCUCCGACACACAGGGCUUUUUGGGAUUGA